AUCUGAAUUUGGACGCUGGAUCUGGUCACGAUACAUGUGGAGAGACAUCAUCGGAAAGUUACAGUUCUCCUUCUAGCCCGCGACACGAUGGGAGGGAAAGCUUUGAUAGCGAAGAAGAGAAAGACCGAGAUACAGACAGCAAUUCUGAGGACUCUGGGAAUCAAAAUACAGCCAGGUUUACAGGCUACAGUGGUGUCAGUUCAUCAAAUAUGAACAAAUCAUCUGCUCAGAUCUCUUCAGCGAAUAACGAAAACGGAAGCCUUUCAGAAGAUGCUUUGAAUGCCAAGUUUCAACAUAUUUCCUUCAUGCCUGCCUUACACUGUGUGAUGCACAGCGCUGCCCAAAAGCCUGAAGCAGUCGUCCCACCGCCCAUCUCUGCAGACGGUAAAACCAUGGGAAUGCUCGUUACCACGCCUGUUGCUGUCUCGCCAGUGAGAGAGUCUGCAAAUUCGCCGCCGGGUGGAAUGGGCCCAGCGAGCUCUGGCGAGCCCGAGAAACGCCUCGAGCUGAUGGCUUCCCCUUUGCCGGUCCCAUCCACUUUCCUUCCGCAUUCUGUCCAGCCCGGUAGCCCUGCUUUGCAUUUGGCAAUACAUAGGUUGAAAAUGCCCUCUCCACAGGGAUCGUCGGAAAGUUGCACAGUUAACGGACCCCAGCAGCCGACAGGAAGCUUAAGUAUUGGAUCACCAAAUACUGCCUUUAUCCCAGUCCACAAUCCAGGUAGUUUCCCAGGAUCCCCGGUUCCUACUACAGAUCCCAUCACAAAGCCUGCAUCCCAGGUGGUAGGACUGAAUCAAAUGGUGCCUCACAUUGAGGGAAACCCAGGAGCAAUCCCUCAGCCUGCCAAUCUCAAGGUAGUUCUUCCAGCAGCCGGUCUCUCCACAGCAGCGCCGCCCCCUCCACCAGCCUCGUACACUUUGCCAGGCAGCCCUCACGCUACCAGCGUGUUGCCCAGCCAGAACACAAAUGUGCUGAACACUGUAGCCACUUCCUCGCCACCUCAGUCCGCUGGUUUAGGUGUCGGUCAGGUCCAGUCCACGGUUCCUCCUGCCAUACCCACGCAUACGCCAGGCCCUGCCCCCAGCCCGAGCCCUGCUCUGACACACAGCACUGCGCAGAGUGACAGCACAUCCUACAUAAACGCGGUGGGAAACAACAACACUAACGGGACAAUGUUGCCUCCGCAGCAGCUGGGGUCUGGUCCUUGCGGCUCUUGCGGACGUAGGUGUAGCUGCGGGACCAAUGGAAGCCUUCAGAUUAAUAGCUAUUUUUAUCAUAACCCUCUUCAUGGACAAGUCUACAGAGUUCCAUCUUUCUUCACUCUGCCAUCACUUUGCAAUGGCAGCUACCUCAAUCAAGCACAUCAAAGCAAUGGAACACAACUUCCUUUCUUCCUGCCUCAGUCUCCAUAUGCAAACGGGCUUAUGCAUGACCCGGUGAUGGGGAGCCAAGCCAACUAUGGUAUGCAGCAGAUGGCGGGAUUUGGGAGGUUCUAUCCUGUAUAUCCAGCACCUAACGUAGUUGCCAACACAAAUGGGUCGGGACCCAAGAAGAACGGGAACGUUUCAUGUUACAAUUGUGGUGUAAGUGGACACUAUGCGCAGGACUGUAAGCAGUCAUCCAUGGAGGCCAGUCAACAAGGCACUUACAGACUGAGAUACGCACCUCCCCCUCCCCCUUCCAAUGAUACCUUGGAUUCUGCAGACUGAAACAAGUAAACAUUGCCUACUUAAACCGAAGCUUGGGAAAUUGGGGGAAGGGGUGUGUGUGUGUGCGUGUGGGAGGGGGAGGGUGGUCUUGUGUUUUGGGACAUUCCCGGUUUUAUAUUCUUUUGGAAUUUUUCAUGGCUUUUGCACCUCUGUUCCAUACAAGAGAAGAAAAGCUUGAGUCCCCGGUCUCCUCCCGGUUGUACAACAGGCUUGCGUAAUGCAUGUGACCCAAACACACAGCCAAACAAUCACACAGAGCGUUCGAACCAGGCUUUUGCACUGAAGACUUGAGACAUGUGCAAUGUUUACUGCAUUUAA